AUGAAACUUAAGACCAAGGCUGUUGUUGCCAUAGCCCUCCGUCCAGUGCGCGUCGCGUUGGCAAUGUUGUUCCGAUUUCAUAUGUAUAAUAUCAUGGCUGUCACAUCCUCUACCACGGCACCCAGACAAAAGCACGUGCGUGCUCACAUGAUGUCCAGUUUUCGUUAUGUGGCCAACGCUUCUGACCAUCUUCGUGCUCGAGAGUGCACCCCAACAACUGUUAUGUUGCCAUCGGUAGACUUCACUACCGACGGGAUUAUGGAUAAUAUUGAUUACACAAUAAGCAAACAGGGAAAGUAUAAUGUCGUUCUUCCAAAUCAAAAGAAAGAAAAACUGUACCAAAACACGGUUGACAAGAACGAGGAUGAGAAGUUGACGGUCAUCGUCGUUCCACAUUCCCCGAACGGCCACAGCGAUCUCUUACCCUUCGACCAGUUUUACGAACAGAAAUCCAAACAUACUUUAGACAGAAUCGUUCAAAAACUCAGCCAAUACAAAGAUAUGAGUUUUAUUUGGACAGAGACCGCCUCACUGUCUCGGUGGUGGCUUGAACAAAAUGAUGCAACACGGCAGCAGAUUAGAAAACUUAUCAGAAAAGGUCAGCUAGAAAUUGUAAACGGCGGCUGGGUUGUUCCGGAUGAAGCUUGCACGGAUUACCACGACGUUAUCCAGCAAAUGAUCGAAGGGCAUCGUUGGCUCUAUAAUACUUUGGGAGUGAAGCCAAGAGUGAACUGGGCUGUGAAACCCUUUGGUCAUUCUCAGACCAUGCCCUACUUAUGGAAACUAGCUGGUUUUAACCUUAUGGUUGUAGGGAGUGUGCACGAGGCAGUCAGAGAAUAUUUAAGGCAACGAAUACGCUUGCAGUUUUCUUGGCGUCAAAUGUGGGACCCCAGAGGGGACACUGACAUCAUCACUCAAAUACUACCAUAUAUUUCCUCAGCAACCAGACACUCUUGCGGACCAGACACCACUGUGUGUUCACGAUUCGACUUCUUGAAAUCGCCACCUAUAUCAGAAGUCCUGCGGGAGGAUGACCCGGACUUUGUGGUAAUGGCUUCGGCUCUGUAUGAACAGUACCGACUAACAGCCAAUGCCUCUCCACGCAAAACCAUAUUUAUUCCUAUUGGUGGAGAGUCUGGAUGGACAAAAGAUUCUGAAUGGGAUAACAACUACCGCAGUUAUCAGAAGUUGUUUAAAUAUAUGAAUUCUAGAUCAGACUGGAAUAUCUCCGUGCGUUUUGGAACGAUGACUCACUAUUUUGAUUUCCUCAAAGGUGCACAACACGAUGUAAAUCCUACCUUGUCUUUGGGAUCAACGAUGCCGGCUUUUAGCGGAGACUUUUUGCCAUAUUCUCAAAGCGACAAUACUUACUGGACUGGGUUUUACAGCAGCAGGCCUUGGAUUAAGUACAUGAGUAGAGAAGUCGACGCGGCUCUACGGACAGCUGAUAUACUUCAUGUCAUGGCGUGUAUCCAAAGUCCAUUUGACGUGGGACUGCAGGAAGCUUGCCGCCAGUUCACAGAGGAGCUUCGUACAGCUAGGCAGAGCGUUGCUCUAUUUCAGAAGUAUGACGCUAUAACUGGCACAUCUAGGCCUGGUGUAGUGGAUGAUUAUAAGAAAAAGCUUUUGCAAGCAAUGAGGAGCACUCAGUUGGUUGUCAACUGGGCCGUGCCUGUGUUGAUGUUAACAGAUCUUACUCAAACCGUAAAUAUGUUUCCCGCAACAAGACUUCCUUACGGAAUGACCUUAAGUUGGCCACCAACUGCCGCUGUUCGCAUCUCUCCGACACGGAGUGUUAACGUUGUGCUUUUUAACCCUUUGCCCAUAGACCGGUUGGAGACGGUUACAAUACGCAUCAAUGAUUCCACUGUAGCAGUUUCACAAGGGAACAAAGAUAUCAACGUUCAAAUUCUACCGGUACUGAGCGCUGAAAACAUUGUAAAUUCUAGUGUGUUUGACGCUACAUUCAACGUGAUGGUCCCUGCUCUGGGUAUGGAGACGGUGAGACUUUAUCGCAAUGACUCAAGUUUGUCUAAAACACAACUCAGUGAUAUCUCCAUCAAAAAGUCUGCUCACACUAUUGUUGAACCUUCCUGUUUUAGAGCUGAGCCUCUCCCUACAUUUAGAGAAAUUAUACUUGAAAACAAUUGUUUGAAAUUAGAAUUCGAAGGCAGGACGGGUUUACUAAAAGAAGUGCUGGAUAAAAUGUCUGGCAGAAGAACCACUGUGGACAUGGAUUUUGUGAAGUACACACCGUAUAAAGGCAAUUCACGGGUCUUCCAGGCCCGACUUGAAGCGGAAAGCUUUGCAGACUAUGAUAAACUAAAUGUGUUUAGUAAGCAGAGGUUCGACCCUAUCCUCAGUCCAGGUCCUCCACACAGUUUUCCAGCAUACAAUACGUUUGUAUCACACCGCAGGGGCACUGUGCCGAGCUAUAUCCAUAGACAACAUCAGUAAGCUAACUGAGGAACAAGACUUCGAACUUGUUAUGCGAAUUGGAACGGAUAUUAAAAAUUUUGGCACAGUUUAUACGGAUAGUAACGGUUUACAAAUGAUUAAAAGAGUCCGUCGGUCGAAACUGCCUCUGGGCGCCAAUGUGUUCCCCAUGACGAGCAUGGCGUUUAUCCAGAGUCGAGCCCGUAGACUCACUCUUCAUUCCUUCCAGCCUUUAGCGGUCAGUUCAACACGUGACGGCCUCUUGGAUGUAUUACUGGACAGAACAUUGGGAGGCAUGAAGUCCAUCUCCCCUAGUCCAAGUAAAUUUUACAUGGUGCUGGAGGAAGCAGGAAAAAUUACCCAUGAUCACGCUCAAUACGCCCUACCAACGCUCCUGAAUUACCAACUCAAUGACUUGCUACAGUCACCUUUGUUAGCGCUCCAAUACCCUUAUGCCAGCAGCGUCUAUUGCCGAAGCCGACGAUAUGGACUGGCUCAAAACUUUCCGUGUGACCUUCACCUUGUAAGUUUGCGGGAAUUGAGGAUAAAUCCAGAAGACAUAUUUAGUGCUUCUCUUAUUUUACACAGUCGAGGUCACAGGUGUGGACUACCCCCAGAUGUUAAGUGUUCACAGGGCAAGAACAGCUUUGCGUUCGAGUCCACUUUUCCGGACUUCAAAAUGAGUAAAGUCGAUGAAUGGACUCUUUCAUACUUAGAUAAAGUACGCAACGUAUCUGUAAACGACGCUGUUAAAAUGUCACCCAUGGACAUUAAAGCGUUUCAUUUGAGAUGGUUGUCGUGAAAUACACGAAAUCCUCUCAGUGUGACGUAUCACUUUAAAUGUUCGGCAUGCAAGCAUCUGUUGCAGUGUUUGAAGAGUCCAGUGUUUCACAGGGUGCGAUUUGUCGUAUCGACUCUUCGAAUUCGAAAACUGAAAGUUAAUUUCAACUACGUUCAGAUGAUGUGAUUUGUAGAAAUGGAACAGCGCAUGUCCUGUUUUCGUCGGACUUCUUUUCAUUUUCGCGUGGAAAUAUAUUCAAGCCUUUGAAAGAACUAUAGAAUAACUUUGAUGGAUAAAAUCAAUUCAACACGCCAUUGAGAUUCUCAGGCAAUAGUAUCAGAAAUAUGUUUUUUUACCAUCUUGAUACCUAUUUCAGAAAAGGAUAUAUUAGCCUUAGAGUAUGAAUGCGAAUGCCGCGACUAUCACGUGAUGUGUAGUAAGUGGCCAGCGCAGUGGGAUAUAUGCUGAACAAAAUGUGGGUUCAGGCUUUAAUUUUCGUCUGUAUAGCAUACUCCAUUAAACCGAGAAAUAACUUUGUUUUAUUAGCAGGAAAUGAUGAAUUGUAAUACAUUUCUGCAAUAAACCCCUAAAAGGGUGUUCUUAUGGUAUUCAUG